CCUAUGCCUGUCCUCUCUACCACUUCCUAUUUUGCAGGAUAACUGAGGCAGACUGCAAGAAGAAUGGAGCCGGAAAAAAUGGCAGACGAUCAUGUCGUGGAAGCCGAAUACGGUUUCAACAAACCCAGAAAUCGGAAAAGAAAGGCUGAUAUGGUAGCCGACGGUACUAGUGAUGGCCGGCGAGCAACGCUAAUGAAAAGAAUGACAUUGUCUUUGACAAAGCCAUCGUUUGUUAUGGGGCUUGGACCCAAGAUGGUGAGGGUAGAAAAUCGAGUUACAUUGCGGAAUGUGUUGCGCAAACUUCUGAGGCAGCAGAAUUGGGUAGAAGCAAGUGGAGUACUGAGCAUGUUACUGAAAGGGACUUUGCGGGAUAGAUCUCCUAUUAAGAAUCGAUUGAAGUAUUUGGCUUCUAUGGAGCUUCUUAAGCAUAUAGAAGGUGAUCGUAUGAGACCAAAUAGGAUCAAGCACGUCUAUGACAACUGGAUGAGGAAGAUUGGAUCAAUGAAGAAUUGGCCAAUUGAGGAUAGAUUUAUGGUCCAUGUAGAAUUCAUUCUUUUCUGCCUUGAAGAAGGAAACACGGAGGAUGCACAUCAGGCUGCUUUAUGCCUCAUGCAGGAGCAUGAUUCUGUGAAUGAUCCAAUGUCAAAUAUGAUUAUAGGAUUGACAUUUCGUCAGUUGUGGUUCUCUACCAUUCCAGAAGAGAUACAGUGGAGGGACUCACUCCAGUUUCAUUCCCCAAUUCAAUUAGAUAGGAUGAUUUCAAACUCAUUUGGGUGUUCUGUCAGCAACUCUCAUGGAGAUGGUGCCCCAUAUCAGAGUAAUUCAGAGACUUCUGUCAUGAAUGAUAAAUUAGUUCAUGUUGAUAGUGAGGGACACCGAGAAACUUCUAUUGAGGUUGAUCGUGACCUAAAAGUGGAAAAUCAUCCCCAAAACUUUGAGGCACAUGACUUUUACAUGAGUUCGGCAGAAAAGAAUGAAAACGAAGCCUCUCUCUCAGAUAAUGGAGGUUAUCAGCACUAUGUUUCAAUUUUUUCUGCUCUUGAGGGUUUGGAUCCACUAUUGUUGCCUCUUCAUUUACCACAUUCUAUUGAUAAUUGGGAGAAUGCCAUUAGUUUAUGCGGCGAAUUUCUGAAUGGCUAUUAUAAGGACGCAGUGAAGCACUUAGACCUUGCUCUUAACUCAAAUCCUCCAAUAUUGGUUGCCUUACUUCCUCUAAUACAGUUGUUGUUAAUUGGAGGUCGAGUUGACAAAGCUCUCAAAGAAGUGGAAAAAAUCUGUCAUGAUUCAAAUGCAGCACUUCCCUUCAGAUUGAGAGCUGCACUUGUAGAACAUUUUGAUCGAAGUAACGAUGUCUUGCUUUCAUCUUGUUAUGAGCAAAUAUUGAAGAAGGAUCCAACUUGUUGCCAUUCAUUGGGAAAACUUGUUGACAUGCAUCGAAAUGGCAAUUACACUCUUGAGUCUCUAUUGGAAAUGAUAGUGUUGCAUUUAGAUGAUGGUACCUGUGUAGAAUAUGAUAAAUGGAGAGAGUUGGCUUUGUGUUUUCUGAAACUUUCUCAAUCUGAAGAGGAUAGAGUAUCGACAGCAUGUUCAAUUGGGACUGGUGAACAUAACCUGAUGUCCUCAUUUAAUAUAAACAGUAACCUUAAGUUGUUGACCGAAAAGAAAUCGAGAAACACUUGGAGAUUGCGUUGUCGAUGGUGGUCAACACGACAUUUCAGCCAUAAAAUAGCAUCAGAGACUUUAGAUGGUAAUUUGGAGCUUUUGACUUACAAAGCAGCAUGCGCAUGCCAUAUGUAUGGAAGCAACUUCAAAUAUGUGGUAGAGGUUUACAGCCUUUUAGAAAAGCAGACUGAUAGGGACUUGUUCUUGUUCUUAAAGAAGCACAAACUGAAUUCAUUUGGACUCCAAGCUAAACUAUAAUCUUUUGCAUUUUUCUUUAUGCACAAUCAUAUUCAUACUUCAAUUUAUUUUUGUUUACGUUUGCCUAGUUUAAGCAUCCCAUCCCAUUUGAGACACAAUUUCACCCCUUUACAAAAGAUUUGGAUCUUUUGGAGUGAGUAAAGGUUCUAGUAUGGAUUUGGAAAA